AUGCGUCCAAUUCUGUCAGCCUCAGGGGCAUACAACUAUAAGUUAGCUAAAUGGUUGGAGGAAAAGCUCAAGCCUCUCUCGAUGAAUCAAUACACCAUUGACGACGCUCUUGGUUUCUCUAAAGAAAUUCGCGAACAUCCUGUCCUUGAAGGCGAUAUACUGGUUUCAUACCACGUAACGUCAUUGUUCACAAAUGUCCCAGUUCAGGAAACCAUCAACAUCCUUGUCGAGAAAGCCUUCACCGAUAAUUGGUUCAAUUCAACGUACGAUCUCAAUUUACAGAAGGAUCAGCUCACUCAACUUCUCAGAAUGGCUUCCACAGAUCAACUUUUUCAAUUUGAUGGUCAACUUUACGAACAGUGUGAAGGAGUUGCUAUGGGGUCCCCCCUUGGUCCUUUGUUGGCGAACGUGUUUAUGUGCCAUCUGAAAGAAAGACUAUCUGUCGAUGAUUUAAUUCCUUCUUAUUACAAGCGUUAUGUCGACGAUACGCUUGCAAUAAUGCCUGGACUCGAUGCAGCUGAAAGUUUCCUCAAUGUACUCAAUGGACUCCACCCUAGAACUUUCCAACAACGAUUCAAUUCCUUUUAUUGGAACGUUGAUAACAAAGAACGGCAACAAGCUGGAGACUCAGGUCUAUCGUAA